UAAUGUUGAUAUAAAUUUUUUUCCUAGUCAAUUUGUGCUAGUAAUUCUGUCUAACCUUAGAUAGACGGGAAGAAAUCUGACAUUUUGUGGGUAUUCAAUUAUUUUAUUGAGUAUUUUUUACCUCCCGUCAGCUCAAAUUUCGAGUACUUCUACCAUAAAAGUAUAAACGAGAAAAAAUUACUUAGUAUUUUUUUUUUGGUCUCCAUUGGAAGUUGUUGAUAACAAGAUACCUUAAUUGUGCAAUCUGUGUGGUGAAUUCUGUUUUGGCAAAUUUGUUCUAAAGAUAAACAGCCAUGACUAUUACUGAUUCAAGCAUAAUUCCAAGUCCAACCAGACUAAAGGGAAAAUAUAGUGGAAUGGUGGUAUGUUGGAUUCUUGGACUUGGGUCACUUGUUUCUUGGAAUAGUAUGCUAACAAUUGGAGAUUAUUAUUAUCAACUCUUUCCGAAAUACCAUCCUUCAAGGGUGCUUACCCUCGUUUAUCAGCCUUUUGCAUUCGCGACAAUGGCAAUUCUUGUAUAUAAUGAGGCAAUAAUUAAUACAAGAAAGCGCAACCUAGCUGGAUUUACUCUUUUCUUCUUAAGCACAUUCGCGCUCCUAGUGUUGGAUUUGGCCACAUCAGGAGCCGGUGGUCUUGGAAAUUACAUUGGUGUAUGUGUUAUUGUUGCUGCUUUUGGAGUUGCUGAUGCUUUUGUUGAAGGUGGGAUGGUAGGAGAUUUAUCCUUCAUGUGCCCUGAAUUCAUCCAAUCAUACUUAGCUGGUCUGGCUGCGUCUGGGGCUCUCACCUCAGCUUUAAGGCUAGUGACUAAAGCAGCUUUUGAAAGGGCUAGUAACGGUCCUCGCAAAGGAGUUGUGCUGUUCCUGGCUAUCUCCACGUUCUUUGAAUUUCUGUGCAUUCUUCUAUACGCUUUCAUCUUUCCUAAGCUACCAAUCGUUAAGUACUACCGCACAAAGGCAGCAGCAGAGGGAUCAAAAACUGUUGCAGCUGACCUAGCUGCAGCAGGAAUCCAGACUGAAGCAACCGAGAGAGCUGAUAAUACCACUAAACAAUUGGAGCGCCUGAGCAACAAACAGCUGUUCUUUCAGAACAUCGAUUAUUUAUUGGAUAUGUUCUUGAUUUACGUCCUGACUUUGUCAAUUUUCCCUGGAUUCUUGUACGAGAAUACUGGUUCCCACAAAUUAGGCUCAUGGUAUGCUUUAGUCCUGAUAGCAGUUUACAACAUGUUCGAUUUGAUAGCAAGAUACAUUCCACUGAUCAAGAAAAUCAAGUUGAAAUCACGAAAAGGACUAAUGAUCGCAACACUAGCUCGUUUCUUGUUCAUUCCUUGUUUCUACUUCACUGCAAAAUACGGUGAUCAAGGCUGGAUGAUAAUGCUCGUGUCUUUCCUCGGACUCACCAAUGGUUACCUCACUGUUUGUGUCCUCACAGUUGCUCCUCAGGGAUACAAGGGGCCUGAGCAAAAUGCAUUAGGCAACUUGCUAGUGUUAUGCCUACUGGCUGGACUAUUCUCUGGUGUUGCACUGGAUUGGUUGUGGAUUAUUGGUAAUGGCAAAUUCUAACAAGACAUUGAUAUGUACAUAGGUAUCGUUAACGUCGUCAUACAAAAUAUUAGAAUCUCUUUUUUCGACUCCCUGGCACAAUAGAUGUGAGUUCAAUUUUCACGGUUUCAUUUUGAGCUUCUCCUUCUGUAAUUUCCUAUGUAAUAGAAUAUCAGGUCAUCUAAACCAGAAUGAUAUGUAAUUUAGCAAGGAAUGAACGCUUAUAUCGAUUUUUUUAAUAAAAAAUUGGGGUAGGGAAAAGAGGAAAUGAGGGAGGGGAUAAAUUCUCAUUAAUAA